ACUCUUUGUACAUCCGGUGGCCACAAGCAAAAUGGCUGACGAAAGUAGUCAGUAGUGUCAUUGCGUUAAAGGUGAUGUUUGUUUGCUUUGUUCUUUUAAAGACUGUGCACUUGCCUUCCGCCUGUCAGCAGCAUCAUUAUCUAAAGAGCACAAAUUCGUCUCCGAGAACUCCAGUUAGCGUAGCUUGCUAGCUGCUAACAAAGAAACGCGAAGGGUGGCAACAAAUCUGGGCGGAAAUUAGCUGUGCGUGUAAAGUGUUGUGAUUGUGUGAAAAUGUGCGAGAGACCGGAAGCAGAGUACGAGGAUCGGCUUUCUGGAACCAAAGAGAACGAGCAUCAAGUUGUGUUGCACAGAGCAGAUUUCAGUGGAGAAGAUCUUCCUCCCCAGCAGCAGGAGUGGAGGUCCAGGGUGGAGCAAGGGGAGCCACAGCCCGCCCACAUUAAGGAGGAAGAGGAGGAGCACAGCAUCAGUCUGGAUGGAGAGCAUCUUAAAGGGCUGGAAGGGUUCCCAGUCAUUCGUGUCCCUGUGAAGAGUGAAGAUGAAGAAGAAGAAGCUGAUGGAGUCCAUUGUGGAGGUUCGCAAGAAGCCCGCCUCUUGGCUCCGCUAUCCGACAGUGACGACGCAACGUCGCAUUCUCCUGACACGGAUGAGGAGCACUCAAAGGCUGAUAAGACGUUUCACACCGACAGCACGCUCUUCAAAUGCUCCGAAUGCGAGAAAACGUUUAGCUGCAAGAAAUAUCUGAGAGGACACAUGAGGAUCCACACGAGAGAAAAACGAUUCAGCUGCUCAUUUUGCGGCAAAAGAUUCAAACUCAAGGAACAUCUAACCAGUCACAUGAGGAACCACAUCGCAGAUAAACCGUUUUCCUGCACGGUGUGCAAGACAAGUUUUAGUGUGCCUUCAGCGUUGGCGAUUCACAUGAGAACGCACACGGGAGAAAAACCUUACAGCUGCUCAGUUUGCGGCGAAAGAUUCUCUCAGAAAGGCAAUCUGAAAAGACACGCCAGGACACACUCGGGAGAGAAGCUCUUUGACUGCUCGGUCUGCGGUAGGAGAUUCUCUCAGAAAGGUCAUUUGAUGUCACACACGCGAACUCACACGGGAGAGAAACCCUUUUCCUGUUCGGUGUGCAGCACGCGUUUUAAUGUCAGGUCGGCGCUGGUGAGACACGUGAGGACGCACGCUCGCGAGAAAGGCAUCAGUUGUACGGUGUGAUCAAACGUUUACACUAAGCUCUGCAAAGAACCUUCCACAUGCGCUAAUAUGUGAUCAAUCCUGCCUUGUCUCCCGUGUUUUUCAUCUCUCAGAACUGCUACUACUACUGUGAUUAUUCUAUUCUUUUGAAAUACAGGUGAUCCUCGUUUUAGGAUGCUUUAUUAUGACGCACUUUCAUUCCAGACUAUUGAAGUUUCAAGAGAAAAACUGAUUUCUACGUACAGUAUACGUAUAGGCUGCAUUUGUCACAUUUUAACAUGGGACAUUUACACAGAAAGACACGCUAUAAACCUUGCAAUCCCACCUACACUUGCUGUCCCCCGGCAUUUUUUGUCCACCGGAUUUCAACAUCUGCCAUGGAAGCAGAAACUGGAUUAACUACGCCUCAUCAAAUUUACUUAAGACUUGUCAGAUCAGAACAUGGCCGCUUUAUUUGUCCAAUUCCAUUUUCUGAACCUAGACUGGAGUUCAUUUAACCAUUUAGCCACAUGAUUGUUUAAGCCACAGGGUUCCUAGCAUGUGGAAAAAAGUAGCAGCUUGUAGUCGGUUAUUUGCGGUCGUGAUGCGCGUGAGGCGAAAAUAAUUUGUAGUUUUGCCUCGCUACAUCGUGGAAGGACUUUUAUCCCUUUAAAUAUCCCAUCUGAAGGAUCUGCUUCUAUGGUGGCUCUCCCUCAUUUGCAACGCCCCUUCCAGUUUACAAGACAACCACAUGAAUAAAAGCGGGAGUUGUUCUCUUUUAUUAUGGUUUCAUUUCAUGUGUUUUAUAUAUCCGUCGUGUGUUCCGUGUACACUUUGGCGCUCAUUAAGUUCCGACCGACAUUAAACUCCUCUCCAAAUAUGUAACUGCUGCCUAUUUACACAUUUUCCAAUCCUGCUUAAACAUGUGACAUGUUUGUCGAACUAUUGAGUUAUAGUCGUGGUGUCAAAAGAUCAGCUAGCAGUGAGUCUCUUUGUUUCUCUCUGUAAAAAUAACCGUGUAAAACAGGAGAAUAAAUGUAUCCAAAACUGAAAAAGUCUGCCUUUUAUUGUAAUAACAUUGCAAAAUCAAAAUAAUGUGCUUUUGCCCAUAAACAUUACAAUUUAGCACUACUUCAUUUACUGAUCCAUACUCUGCUAUUUAGCUUCACACUGCGUUUUUCGUGCGUUUACACAAACCUGAUCGGCAACAAACGAGCGUUGCAGAUGGAAAAUGUCUUGUCUCCAACAUGGAAUCUUCAGACCGAACCUUUCACCGCAGACCAGGCAGACGACAGGUUUCUCUUUUUAGGUUGACUUGGUGCUAAAUGUUUUGCCACACUGGGAGCAUUGUUGUUUCUCGCCGCAGUGGAUCUGCGUGGGUCCAAAUAACGUGGAGUAAAAUCUUUGUCAUCCUCCACUACUAUUGUUUUGCUGACGAAUGAAAUGAAAUGGGGAUCUCACUGUAAAGUAUGAGGAUAUGGCGCCAUCUUGUGGGACAUUUAAGAAACGACAACAUUUACAUACAAUAGUUCUCAAUAAUUCCCACGUUUAAAUUAUUCUGCUCUAAAUAUUGCCCGAUAACAGCUACCAGUGACUGUUUCCUCGAUAAAAAACGACUUACCCCCGGUUGACUUCUAAAAUAAAUAAAAAUAACGAGCCAGUCUUUUGAAAUUUAGCAUUACUGCCCCCUCCGUCGAGAAGGUGUAAUUACACUUCUGACCUGCAGUACAUUGGAUCCCUGCAAAUUCGCAAUUCAGCUAUUAUUGAAUUUUUUAUUUACCGCCAAAAUAGGCAA